CGGAGGGCGGGGCAAGGGAGACAGCAGGGAAGUGUUUAGCUCCUCACCUCAGUGCUUCCGGUACACCGGAUUGUUCUGUGUGUGGCGGCGCUGUACCGGCUCCGGUGGCUUGGCUGCCCGUAGGAAUGAGUCAGUGCGGGACGGAAGCGGAUGUUUCAGCUGUUCCGCUAUGGCUGAGGUGCCGGGAGCGGCGCUGUCACCUUUAGAGAAUGGCGAAGAGAUGGCGGUGGGGCAGACGCCCGGCACCGGGACUGCUGAGGAGGUCAGCAGCUCGGCGUGUGAGGAAGGCGACACCGAGCCGGUUCCCGGGAGUCCGAGAACAGCCGGGCGGGCGAAGGAGGAGGAGGAGGCGGGCACCAUGUCUCUCCUCAAGAUAGAAGAGAAGUUCUUCUCGGGCCAGUACCGCGCUAUAGACCAAUUUGUCACUGACUUCAGGAGCAUGCUGGAGGGCUGCUACCGGCUCUACGGCGCCGACCAUUGGCUGUCCAAGCAAGCCCAGAAACUUGAGCUAGUGCUGGAGCAGAAGCUGGCACUGCUGCCCAGGAACCUUCGAGAUAGAACAUUGUCAACUGCAUCAUCUUCAAGUCUUUGUGGAGUGGAGGAAGAUAAAGCAUCAGAGUAUGCAUUAACAAGACGGAGAUCGUCGGCAAGAAGUUUAGCCAGUGUUAACACGGGUGCAAUGGAAUCUGUAAUGGUGCAGGUUCUAAAGCAAGCUGAGUUUUUAAGGGCAAAAGAAGAAAAAAGACUUAAGGAACAAGAGCGCAAGGAAGCAGAGGAAGCUAGCCAAAAAGAAAUGGAUGAAUGGGACAAAAACCUCCUGGCUCUUGCUGCACCUUCAUGCAUGGAGAUAAUGUGGGAAAUACCAGCCAUAGGUCAUUUCCUUUGUUUAGCACAACAAAUAUUAAAUCUUCCUGAAAUAGUAUUUUAUGAACUAGAAAGAUGUUUUUUCAUGCCUCAGUGCAAUGUAUUUUUGUCAAAGAUAAUGACUUCUUUAUUAAGCCCUCCACAUCGCAGACCGACUUUACACCGUAGGCCUAAUCUCCUAUAUCGAGCUUGGGAAGCAGCACUUAGGCAGAAGGUUCAGCAAUGGUAUACAGUUAUAGGUCAGUCAGAGAACCCUGAGAAUUGUGCUGAGAAGCUUGGACUGUGUUCUCAAUUCUUUAAGGUCCUUGGGGAAGUUAAUCCUCUUGAGCAAAAAACAUUUCAUGAACUGACAUUUCAGCAGAAGGUCUGGUUACUUAAAGGUCUUUGUGACUUUGUGUAUGAAACACAGAUCGAAGUACAGGAUGCGGUACUUGGACAGCCAAUCCAUGAAUGUAGAGAAGUGAUUUUAGGUUAUGAUGUUCAAGAAAAUUCCUAUAUUCACUUCCCACAAUUUUGUGGUGCAGAUGUGCGAGUAUACAAACAAAGGCCAUUGAAAGCCCCCGAGUUUCCUAUCCCUCCAAUUAAAAUUAAAAGAAUACAGCGAGCAAGAUUCCGUAGAUCCAAACGUAAAUUUACAAAAAAGAAAAACGGUCAGUUUAAAACCGUUAAGCCAGUAGUAGCUCCAUCCUCAAGGACUAAUGUGGAGCUAGAUGUUGCCUACCCUGGAAACUGUCAUAUGGACAGUUGUGUGAGUAGCACAAAGCAUAAUGCAAAGACCAUCAGGAAGCAUGAAGAUGGAGAUCCUUGUGUAAUAAAUAAGCCUGGCUCUUGCAAAGAGAACAUAGAAAAGCCUAGUAGCCCUGGAGAACUAGUGGGUUACGGAGAACCUCUGAGUCCUGGAGAAAUCAGGGUUCUGGAAAAUGUAGAGAAAUAUUCAGAUACUGCCCUUCUCAAAGCUGACACUAGUCCACUGAAAGAAAAUGCACUUAAAACUUUUCAAGUCCAUGUGAAUGGCAACCACACCAACAACACUGAAGGCUUUUGCCACCGAGUGGCAAUGGAUAUUAUUUUAGAUCAUUCUGCACUGAACCAUGAAAAACUGAAACUUCGGAGAGCAAAAAGGAAGAAGAAAAAGAAAAAAAUGAAAGAUCUUUUGGCAGAAAAUACACAGGGUAGAUAUGAAAAUCUUCAAAACACAUUUAAAUCCUUUAAGACUGAAAUGCAUAACAAAUUGUUGCUUAACAAAAAAAGAGCCAAGCACAAGAAGCACAAGUCUGGAAAAAAAACAGUUUCUACAAACAUGGUUGUAAAGAAGAAGAAAAGUGCUGUGGCUUCAUCUGCUACUCCAGAAUUCCAGCUAGUCUGCACGAAUCUUGAUGACCUCAGGGAGCUGAUUAAGAAAAUUGAUGGAGAGCUCAAAACAUUGGAAAACAACAAAAAGAAAUCGGGAAAAUGGCACUUAAGAAGACAAGCUGUAAAAGAGCUUCAUGGCACCUUGACACGUCUGCUAAAUGAACUGUUGCCAUGGGAACCAAAGCUACUGAAGGCUUUUCAAAAAAAUCGUGCACGUCUGAGAAAAGACUAUGAUGAUUUCCAAAAGCUGCCAGAAUCCGACAAUUUUCUUAGAGAAUCAUCUUCUCGUGGUAAUUGUGAGCCAAGCAAAUCUCCAAUUUCUGUACCUAUAUCAUCUGAAGUCUGUCACAAGGAAAUUGAGAACAAUUGUCAUGAUAAACUAGAGCAUGCUGAGACAGACACCUGUGAGAAAGGCAAGAUACAUAAGAAGGAAUAUAUUUCAAAAUAUCUGUCAAAAUCCCAAACAAGGAGAAGUAGUAGGCGUCAGCUUAGAUUAGUAGAUGUUGAAGAUGAAGGCAUGUUGGCACAAAAGAAAAUCAAAUUAAGCACCCCUGAGAUCUCUUCUACAUCCACAGAAGAAGAAACACCUACAAACAGUGUUGCCAGUGAUCUUCAAAAGACGGAGGCAGGAGUUCUAGAAAUGAGCAGAGAAGCUUUUGGUACUUCACCAUUCAGUGUAUAUAAAGGACCGAAGCUGACUGAAACUUUGCUGGCAAAGAAUAUGACCUUAAUGAGUCAGCCAACCCACACUAUUAGCAAUACUGUGCCUUGUUCUGAAAGUACACCAUCUUCACCUACAGCCCCAAACCCUGUGAAAUCUCCCAUUUCUUGCCAGACACCUUUUAAAGCUCCCUUGCAGAUGAUUUAUAAGCUCCCGGAUGGACAGUGUGUCCCAGUUGAUCUUCAGAAUUCUUCUGUGAAGAUUCAGAUGCAGCCUGUGGUAGAUGCUAAAACUGGAGAUAGGCUUAUGCAGCAAGUCCUGGUUCUACCCAAAAAUCUUUUUAUACAGCAAAAAGAUGACAGAACACCCCAAGUAAACCAGCCGAGUCAAUGUAAUGUAGCUCUACAGCAUUGUGCUCCUAAUGUGCCAUUGUCCAGUUCCACCACAGGCCACACUGGUUCUAGGGCAUUGCCAUUAGCUUUAAUGCAGAGUGAUUUAAGUUCCACUAAAUGUGCUACUCUUCCAGUUUCCCAGCCACAAGUAUCCACAUUUGCAAACAGCACAUCAAUGUCAACAUGUGAAACAUAUAAAAACAGAGCUCCAGAUUUUCUAGCAACAGUGGUAUCAUCCAAUUACAGCCAGUCCUUACAUAUUAAGUCUGACUUUGGACGUGUUACAUCAAGCACAGGCAAUCCUGCUGUGCAAAUGACAAACUCGUCUCCAGCACCUCAAAGGGAAAUAUCUGAAGCAAAGCAAGAAUUAAGAACUGUAUGCAUUAGAGAUUCUCAAUCAAUUCUUGUGAGGACGCGUGGUGGUAACACUGGUGUUGUAAAAGUACAAUCAAGCCAAGAUCAGGGUCCUUCUGUUAUAUCUCCAAGUCCUAUAUUCACUUUUACACCACAGCUGCAGUCAUUCCUAAUGUCAAAAACUAAACCCUCAGCAACUUCUACUUUCACUCCUGUAACUACUACAUCACAAACCCAACCAGUGUUCUCAUCAGCAUCUGUUGGUAUAAACCAGGUGACAGAAUCAAACACUAACUGGGCACAAGUGCAGCAUCCUGCUCCUAGGGUAACUAAUCAGACUGUUGGUAACCCUAUGCAAUCUAACUUUCUUCCAAUUGUUUCACAAGCAAGCACUUGUCCUUCUACAAAUUCUGUUAUUAAUACAGCAGCAGGGACUGUAACUCCUAAUUCCUGCUAUAGUACUGGGCAGGACUGUAGUGUCAUUAGGAAGGCUGGAACAGAUUUAAAUCAAGCUGAAACCAAGACAGCCAGUGUUUCUGUGGUACAGCCUGACAGUACUACUCAGUCAAAGAGUGAUUUUGUGAGUGGAUCUUCCAUACAUCAAGUCAUGUUACUUACAGCACCUUCAAUACAUCCACCGGGUACUUCACAAAAUGUGGGAAUUGUUGCUUCGCCAACAUUGACACAGGUACCAUCAAAAAAGUUUGUUUUUAUUAAUACCCAACUUCCAGCCAGUUCCUCAAGUGCAAAUAUGACAUCACCCGCCUCAAGGCAAGUUACUAAUACUAAUAUAGGUAAAACAUAUGUCAGGCCUCCUGAACAGCAGCAGGUUUUCCUAAUUCCUUCCACCAUGGGGUCCCAAAUAAAAAUGAGCUCCCCACCUAUUGUUUCCCAAGUUAAAGAUGUAAAGAUUGGUCUAACCAUAGGGCAGACUAUUGUUAAUAAUACUGCUGGCAUGAAAAAUAUUCUACCAAUUAACAUUUUGCAGAAUACAUUGGGAAAAGGAGAUGCAGGCACUCGAAAAGACUCUGCUGUGAUAACGCCGUCUACUCUUUCAAAAGCAUACAAUGAACAAGUAACAAGUUCAAAUAUUACUUGUGAUUAUACUGUAGCUUCUACAAAGGGUUCAGCGGCAUGUGCUGUAGUAGCACCUGCCAAUACAGUCCAGUAUAGUGCCACUGAAGGAAAAAGGAAUGACUUCUUAAAGACUUUAUCAUCUGUGUCUAGCAGAUUGCCUACAACAAGUUUAGGGAGUACUGUUGCCAUUUCAACUGUGAAAACUGGGCAUCUUUCAUCAUCUGUUCUGCUGUCAACUAAUCCAAUGACAAAGCAUGCAUCGUCAUCAUUGCAGCGGCUGGUGUCAUCAACUUUGCCUGGGCCAAUUUCAGGCUCAGGCACAAAUCCUAUUGUAUCUACAUAUCUGCCAACGUUGAGAGAGAAAAGUGAAAUUAACAACUCCAUAUCUCAAAGCAUUCAUAAAGUAGUGUCAACAAAUGUGACCAACCCUUCAGCCGCAAUGUCAUCUUCUUGUCUACCCACAUUAUGUAAAACUGGGCCUUGGCAUACUUCUUCACAGACCUUGCCAUCAUUGCCUGCAUCUACUCUAAAUCAAGUUAGGCCACAGAUAAAUGCACCUUCAGCACAUCAUAAACUGGUUAUUAACACUAGCACACCGCUUGCUCCUGGAACGCAAAUCACAAUUAAUGGUACACGAUUUAUUGUGCCUCCACAAGGUCUAGGAGCUGGCAGUCACGUGCUGCUCCUGUCAACUAAUGCUAAGCAAGGACCUCCUUUAUAUGGUAGCGCACAAGUGUGUCAUGGGUCUCCUCUUGUUAGUACUACAGCAGCACCACAACCUGCUUUAAAACAAAACAUGUCACCACCACGUUACCCAGUACAAUCAUAUCCGUGCGCUGCUGCACCUGAUUUGUCCAGGUCUCUACAUAAUAUACAGCCUGCAUCUCAGAUUGUAAAUAUAACAUCUGGUGAUUUCUCUCCAUGCUCCCUGUCUUCAGUUAACAAAACCCCAUCCACAACUGCACUUCAACCACUUCUUGAUCAUUGUAUACAAAGGGGAUGUUAUCCACAAGCAACCAACAUGGCACCAUUAUCCAAAGGUACACCAUUGACGGAGGCAGUUAUGUUGAACAUUGCAAGCCCUCCUAACAAUCUCUUGCCUGCAUCUGCCGUGUCGGAGAGCAAGAGGGAAGAUACUGAUAGUUUUAGGCAUCAGUCCUUAACAACGGAUAAGCCGUACACUGUAGCAACGUAAAUCAGACUUUAAUAUGGGGAAAACAGUAAACUAUGUAGCACUUACUUUACGAAACUGACAAUGUAUUUUUGGUUGUUUCCUAUGUUGUUCAUGAAGAGUUUAAAUGGUUAACCUAAAGUUUUGUUUUAAAGUUCAAUUUCUUUUCUGUGAACAAGAAGGUACAUUUUCAACAGCCAGUACCAUUUUAUAGUUUGACAUUGAUAGUCUAGCUAUUUGCACAAUACGUCUUGGAGUUUGUCUAGAACAGUAUUUGUCUUUUUACAUUUGUAAAGAAAACCAAUUUUUUUCAUGAAUAUUUAUGCGUUCUGAACGUUUAGGCGAAAUAUAAACUUGUAUAUAUUCUUUAUCUUUUAACAUUCUUAACUAAACCAUAUGUAUAAAGAGCAUUGUCUUAUUUAUGUUUUGUUUACAUAAUGUAUAGUUUUUUAAGUAUUUUGCAGAUCAGUGUACUGUUUAGCAUUAAUGCAGACUCAUCUGCAUGUAGUAAAUAAACAAGAGUCACUGUUUUUUUUACCUCAUUA